UUGCUAGCCUUUUGGCUGCGGAAUACGUUAGUCCACAUACAUCAGACCCACCAGAAAUAACAUUGAUUACCUUUACGUGCGUGGGCGACGUAGGAGGGUCGGACUGCGUGGUAUUCCUACCGAAGGACGCUUUACCUUUAUCGCUCAAGAGGUCUUUAAGAUGCCCCUUAUUAAGCAUGAACGCGACCUCUCGUCAUAGCGCAAUGCACUCCUCCGUCUUAUGGCCAUGGUCAUGAUGGAACUAACACCACUUUGUUUGAUCUUUUUGCACAUCCGGUCGGUCGCUCUUUUUUGGCCAACGAACUAGUGCUCCGAUUUUGGAUAAAGCAUUCACGAUGCCUCCGACAUCGACGGAAAAUCCAUAGGAGUCUAGAUCGGGGAAGGUCGGCGACUCCGUCCUUGCGUCGUUACCUGCAUUUUCGACAACGUCUGUAACAUUGUUUACCUGGUUUGAACGACUAUAAGGGUGGCUUUGCCAAUUGUUCUUCUUUGGGACGAAAGCCUUCCAGUCAGAAGGGGUCUCCGGUGCACGUUGUGUGGUUAUGGUGUUGAGGAUGGCAUCGUCUUCCUCCAAUCUCAUCUAUGCUAACGCUCGCGACUUGACUUCCUCGAACGUCUGGCACGGGUGCUUCGUCAAACGGUUGUAUAGCUUUGAUUGCAAGAUUAAUCCUUUCCUGAAAUAUUCAAUAGCAGUCUUAGUAUCAAGAUCUUUAACGCUAAUCAUUUCUUUGUUAAAGAGAUUAUAAUAAUCGCGAACAGAUUCUUUAGGUCCUUGAACGACGCCAUAUAGGUCGCUCGUAUGCUUUUCUAGGCUACGACUGCCUUCGAACUUCUCAUAGAACUUAUUGACUAGGGUGGAAAAAUUGCACAUGCAGGCCUGAGAGAUCCGAGCCACUUGAGAGCGGGACCGGUGAGCGUGGCUCCAAAAGACUUGCACAUGCAGGCCUCUACCAAAUGCCAAGGAAUUGACGCUUGCUACAUCUGCUGCUUGUAUUGCGUGACAUGCUCGCCUGUAUCGGCUGAACCAUCAUAACUAGCAGCUAGGGUAGGUAGGUUGAGCUUCUUGGGAAGCACGACCCUUGAGAUCCUAUCGACGAAUGCAUCUCCGUCGGGAUGCUCCACGAUUCAUGAUGUUGGGGCUCCAGGGAGCUGGGACAUGAGCUUCAUCAAGCGCUUAUUUUGCUUUUCAAUCUUGGCCAUGCAUUUUGUCAUAUGAUUCGCUUCUCCUUCACCUUGGUCAUUCUCUUCAUUGUUCAAGGGCUCUUCAUCCUCGGGCUCUUCGUCGUUUUCAGGCUCCUCAUCAUCUGUCUCGGAAAGGUUCCCCAUCAAAGGGAUGUCGUUCAGAUUAGCACGACGUCGGACCUUCGAAGCUUUGGACGAUGCUAACUCUUCUUGCUAUUUCUGGAUCCUCUCCUGCGAUGUCGUAAAGUCGGUAGCUAGCCGCUCAUUAGCUUGCUUCAUCUCGAGCAUUUCUGCUCUCAUUUGUUCGUAUUGUCUCUGCACUUCCUUGAUUUUAGGUGUUUCUCCCAUUUGAUAGAUUUUGAACAGUAGAUGGUCUGGUUAUGCCCCACGGUGGGCGCCAAAUUGUUUAUGCUAAAAUGUAUCACUCACGACGAAAUUAAAGUUUUGGGACGAUUUAACCAGAUUAUGUUAAAGACAAUGCGACAAAAGAAUGCAAAGGGGAUCAAAGAGGAUGAACACACAAAAAUGGUGACGCGGAAAACCCCAAUGAAGGUGGGUAAAAACCCGUGGGUGGUUGGAGAUCCACCAAACUAAUAUAGUUCACUAUCUUUCUUAGUGACUGACUGUCGUUACAAGAAUGUUAAGUUCUCUCUAGUGCUCUUCCAAUUAUAUUGCGUAAAAAACUUGUCAAUGACCUCUCUCUCCCUUUUAUAUGCCCUCUUUUUUCCUUGGCUUUUUCUCAACGAAUACAAAAAUGAAUUCACUAAUUAUUACAUUAACUUCGCGCUUUAAUCAUGGGAGAUCUUCUAUGCUUACGCUCCAACGUCUUGAUUUGUGCUUUUUAACGGUUGAAUUUAUGGCUCAUAACACUCCUUCCUUAUUUAGCUGGACCGUUACCACUUAAUGCUCCGCUCCAAUCUCGCGUCCUUCACUGUGUCUUCGGGUCACAUUUACUUCGUCAUCAUGUCAGAUGGCACCACGUCAUCGAGUCAUCGUGUCGUUGCGUCAGUGUCGCCCUGUCAAAAAAUUCAGGCAUAAAGUAACACUAUUCAACAUUAAGUCGAACGCUGGUUGGACGGACUAUAGUUUCACAUCAUUGUUGGAAGAAGCUGAUAUGCGCCCUGGUGGAAAUGAACUGCCAAAGUCGUACUAUUAUGCGAAGAAGCUGAUGUGUCCUUUCGGUUUAAAGUACGAGAGGAUACAUGCUUGUCCUAAGGAUUGUGUGCUUUAUCGUAAUGAGUAUGAGCAUUUGCAUGAGUGUCCACGUUGUGGAUUGUCGAGGUACAAGUGUGAAGGAGCUGGAGGUAGUGAAGGACCACCAGCUAAGGUGUUGUGGUAUCUACCCAUAAUACCUAGAUUUAAUUAAGCGCAUGUUCUCAAUUAAAGGAGAUGCGAAGAAUUUGAGGUGGCAUGCAGAUCGUAUGAAGAAAGAUGGUAUGCUCAAGCAUUCGGCUGAUUCGCCUGAGUGGAAAACUAUCAACAGGGUGCAUAAGGCAUUUGGUAAUGAGGAUAGGAAUCUGAGGCUUGGAUUAUGUACGAAUGGCAUGAACCCUUUUGGCAAUCUCAGUUCGCAGCAUAGUACAUGGCCAGUAAUUUUAGUGGUUUAUAACUUGCCUCCUUGGUUGUGCAUGAAACGCAAGUACAUGAUGUUGUCGCUUCUUAUAUCGGGGCCCAAACAGCCUGGAAAUGAAUAGAUGUAUACCUCCAGCCGCUUGUUGAAGAUUUACAGAAGAUGUGGAACGAAGAAGUGUUAGUAUUUGAUGCGUAUGCUAAUGAGAUGUUCACUCUGCAUGCCAUGAUUUUUUGUACUAUGAACGAUUAUCCAGCUUAUGGGAACUUAUCUGGGUAAAAGACUAAAGGAAAACAACCCUGCCCAAUUUGUUUGGAUGACAUGAAAUAUACACACCUUAAGGGCUGCAAAUAUGUGUAUAUGCGCACACGAAUGCUCCUCAGCCGCGACCAUCCCUAUCGGUUUAAGAAGAAGGCAUUCGAUGGGACGGUUGAAGAAGCUAGAAGUUGCUCAUAGACCAUUAACUAGUACUGAAGUUUAUAAUCAGGUGAAGGGCAUUGAGACAUUUAUUGGUAAACCUACUAGUGAGGUUGAUCGACCUACAGGAUUAUGGAACAAGCAGUCCAUUUUUUGGAAACUCCCAUAUUGGAAAGAUCUAAAGGUCAAAAAUUGUUUGGAUGUCAUGCACAUAGAGAAGAAUGUUUGUGAAGCUAUUCUCGCGACACUUAUGAAUAUUCCGGGCAAGACAAAAGAUGUUAAGGCGUCACGACUUUACUUGGAAAAACAGGGGCUUCGACCAGAGUUGUGGGCUCAGAAAAGGGACGGAAGGAAGAAGAAAAUAGUGGAGGAAAGGGUUGAUGAUGAAACUCAUAAAAGUAAAAAUAAGGUGGAGGAUUCGGAGAAGAAUUAUUUGCCACCAGCUUGCUACACGAUCUCGCGUGCAGAGAAACGGAUUUUUUGCGAGUCAUUGUAUGGCAUUAAGGUCCCAACUGGCUACUCAUCGAAUAUGAAGCGCUUUGUUACCUUAAAUGGUGAGUUGAAGUUAUCGAGUAUGAAAUCGCACGAUUGUCAUGUCAUGAUUCAAGUAUUCUUACUGAUUGCAAUUCGUGGGAUACUUCCAAAGCAUGUGAGGCACACCAUUAAAGAAUUGUGUUCAUUUUUUCAUACAAUAUGCAGCAAAGUCCAAGAAUCGUCGACCCUCGAUUCCUUGCAGGCCAGAGUAGUUGAAACUCUAUGCAAAUUUGAGAUGUAUUCCCCCCCCGCAUUCUUUGACAUUAUGGUCCAUCUCAUUGUCCAUAUAGUUCGAGAAAUUAAGUUGUGUGGUCUAGUGUUUUUGAGGUGGUGCUAUCCUUUUGAGAGAUUUAUGGGAACUUUGAAGGAUAAAGUCAGCAACAACAAGAUGGACUUGCAUGUGGGUAUUACAUCAUGAGGUUCAUGUUCGAUAUCGUCAACCGUUGCACUAAAUUUGAUGAUCUUCAAAAGGUCUUAACCCAAAACUGUUGUCGCAUCGUGACGAAUCUCAGAGUCUCUGUGACAAAAUUUCUAAAGGUAUCAGAGGAAGACAGAUAGUUCAAAAGGAUUCUAUUUGCUUCUCAAGACAGUUAUUCAUUUAUAGCAUCUGGUUCAUCACAGUCGCGCCCUAGGGGGAGUUUGGAUGGGCAAGCGCUAGCUGAGGUGCUGCGCAAAUGUAAGAGGGAGUCCUCUACUGACGCGGCGUCGUUGUCGUCAGCGUCGACAAAGAAGGACACAGCGGUCGCCGUCCACUUAGACGAUGAGCAUGACGUCGCGUCUAAAACGCGUAAAACUGACUUACUGGCCCCUCCAGACAAGAGAGGUCCUUCCUACACUGUGACCGUCCCUAACGACUUCAUGUCGUUGGAGAGGUCCAUAUGGCCUGAGGCUGACAGGUUCCUUUUCCCCAGCGCAAUGGAAAGGAUCAAGGACCAUACUCUUCCCCGUAUGAUGUCAGAUGGGCUAGAACUCCUAUUCCAGUCUUCUCAACAUCUCCUAAUAGCUAAGAGGGAGAUCUCAUCUCUACUGAAGGGUCAUCUGUCCAUGAAGUAGAGAAUGGAGAAGGCUGAAUUGGACGCGAAGUUCAAAGGCGGUGAGGUUGAGUCUUGCAAGAAGGCCAUGGAGGAUAUGGGAAAAGUCCUAAAGAAGAAUGGGGAGGAGCUGGAAGAGAUUAGGCAGAGGGCGACUAAGCUGGAGGAAUCUUCGCGUCAGGAAAUCGCAACGCUCCAGGCGAGCGUUGACGCACAGAAGAAUGAGCUGGAUAUGCUCGAGGCUGAAGUGACGACCAGGGUCAGGGCUAAGCUGAUGCAUCAAUUCCUAAUCAAAAAGACGUCGUCGUGGACGCCACAUAAGGACAUUGACCUAUUCCUCAAGUACAUGGGGUCCAUGAAGCAUCUGAUGGACGAGGAAAACCUGGCUGCGAUGGCGGACUCUUCAUCAAAAGUUGAUGAGAACACCCCGUCCUGUGCCGGGUUCAUAGCGUCAGACGUGCCGCCUGACCCUAAAACUGAGAAGGAAGCUCCAUCCACUGUCUUGCCAGCUGUUGCGUCAGAGUAGGAGGAAGCUGAAGACGCCCCUGACGUUUAAUUUUUAAGCACUCUAUAUCAUGCCCCUGUCACUUAAACUUUUAAUCAAACUUUGUUCUAGGUCACUCGAAGGAGUGACUGUUUGUAUUGUAAUUUUGGGUCACCUAUGGGGGUGACCAGAACUUUUUAUCAUUCGAACUUUUGGGUCACCUAUAGGGGUGACCAUUACUUUGCUGCUUUUGAACUUUAACAAUGUUAAUCUUUUGUCCUUACUUUGCAUCGUAUGCAUGUGUCUCAGUCGUUAUUUUGACGUUUCUAGAGGAUAGUCAUGCACUCAGUAAGCCAUCUUUGGUCGUUUAGACGCAAUAUUUGGACUAAAUGACUUUAGAAUACACAUAGGAAAUGCAUAGAUACUUACGUGUGUCUGUCAGAGAGAUAGAUGAAAUGUCAUAAGCAGUUAUAGCUUUAAAAUGAUAGUGCCCCUGUCGUAGCGUCAGCUGAAGCAAUAGUGGACCAAAAGACUUUAUAUGGUAGUAAAAUGCAAGUAUGCCUGAUGUCUUAUAAAAAAUCGUCGGAACGUUAACGAGAUGGACGGGAACAGCUUCCCUGAAAUUCAACAAUACCCAGUGAGAGAACACUAUGGUCGCUAGCAGCUAGCGACACAGAUAUAAUAGCAUUAUCACCUAUAUCUUUUUUUAUUUUUUACAACGAAUGGGAAAACAAAAUUUAUUACUUAGCUUAAAAGAAGUAUCGUUUGAGGUGUGUGGCAUUCCAGCUACGUGGCACGGAGCUUCCGUCACAUCGGACCAAUUGGUAGGCUCCGUUGCC